AUGGAGCAUUUAAAUAAUCGUGUUGGUCGAACAUUACGAGAACGAAGUCAACUUCGUCGAGAUGCUUAUAGUACGAGUUCUCGUUCUUCACCAAUUUUACCUUCGACAAGAUCAACAACUUUUAUUAAUUCAACAGGAUGGACUCAACCUGUUUAUUAUACAGAAUCAUUUGGUUUUAAUAAUGAUCCUAAAUGUGAAACACUUGCUGUUUCUUAA